CACUGCGACGUGUAAUGAUCCGAUCCACGGUAAUACUAUUAUGUAGGUACGUAGGUAGGGACAAAAGUGAAAGGACGAAAGAGCCAGCUGUAACUAGCUAGGUCCAUCCAUCCAUCGUACACACAUGACAUGCACUCGUCAAUCAACAUGACAUGACGUCUGGCUGGCUGGCUGGCAAAAAUCCUCCCUGCUGCCCCCCCUCAUCCAUCCAUCCAUCGACAGACACCCAACGACCCACCGAGCCACACACAGGCGGACACACACACCACACACCACACCAUGGGCAGGGUCGGGUCUGUCUACGUGUCUAUCUACCUACCUAUCGGCAGCAACAACUCCCUGACUGACGCGCUAUGUGCACCCUUGUAUGCCCAUCCACACACACAGAGGGGGUCUGUCUGGCUGCCCUUGGGGCCGGCUGUCCGUCUGUAUCUCUGUCUGUACACGGUUGCACCAUCCAUCCAUCCAUCCCUACUAGAUGACUACAGUGCCAAUCAGGCGAUCGAUGAUCAGGCCGUCACUCACUCAGCCCCCCCCGCCCCCGCCUGUUCCAUCAUGAGCCGCCUGGCCCCUCUGGUGACGCUCUCCAGGGCAGCGGGUUUCUCUGCCGUGAGGACCCACCAGAAGAGUGCCGCCACAAACGCCACCUGGAUGACAAAGUACAUCUGGUUGAUGGCCAGAAACAGCCGGUCUUCCCUGCUGGUUCGCUCCACCGCCUCGAUGCCCCGCCGGCGGUAGAGAUCUAGCCAUUCCUCUCUGUCGACCUUGUCGGCGAUGUAUGCCGACCGCAGGAUGUCCUCCAGCUGCGACUCCUCGGCCUCCUUCCGCGCAAACACGUCGUCAUUGUCCUUCGGGAAGGGGUAAAACGGGCUGUUAGAGAUGCGGAAGCCGCUCUGGCCGGGCUCGGGCGUCCUGAAGGCGGGGUCCUGCUCGGCCGCCCUGUCCUCCUCGUCGGCCCGGAACUCCUCCUCGAGCGUGACAAGCUCCUCAAGGUCAGGGAGGCUCCUGAUGUCAUACCCCGUCGUGUUCAAAGCCGCCAGCAGAGCAUAGAGAUCCGGGGGGACCGGGGGAUCGUACAGGCCGGUGGGUGUGGGAGGGGCGGUGGUGCGGUCCUCCACAGCAGCCCCCCUCUCCUCAGCUGCAGGGGGGGAUAGCACGGUGAUGGCUGCUUGUCCAUCAUCAGUUGUCGGGGGUAGGUCGUAUGACACAGGCGGUGACGAGACGUCCCCCAUCGUCGCGUCGCGAUGAUACGAUGACGCCGUCCGCAGCGGAGCCACGGGGAAGGGGGGACCGUCGCCGCCGUACGAUGGUGCCUCGGCCUCCGAGUCUCCGCCUGAUGGGCCAUCUGAUGAGCGAGAGCCUCCUCCCCUCUGACCACUCGGACUCUCUGUCAGCACCGCCUCCUUUCCCACCGGCAUCGCCCAGCUCCUCGCAGCGUGCCGCCCCCUCCUCAGUGUGAAGAUCUCCAUCGGGAACAAAAAGGCAGACGGGAAGGGCAGGGGUGAGAGGGCGGAUAUGGAGCGGGCGGCGUCAUGCAGGCGCCGAGAUCUUGGUCUAGGUGACUUGGCGAGGGACACGCGGACGGCGGGGAGGGCGGCGAUGCGGUCGAGAAGAGCCAGAAAGAUCAGCCCACAGAUGAAGAUGAUGGAACUCAUGAGCGAGGGCACUUAUCACUCUUCGUUCAACCAGAUAGGCACAAACCACAACCGACAGAAGAGAAGACUGCUGCU